AUGCCAGAAGGGAGUCAACCAGCCUAUCUCUCACCCAGUGAGCUGGGAACCAAAGACUACUGGGAAACAUACUACGCCCGCACGCUCGCACACAUCUCCAACCCCACCGAGACAACCAACGACGAAGACGCCGACUCCGACGUCAACGACGAAGACGACCCCGGCACAUCCUGGUUCUCAGAGCACAACGCCCCGCAAAAAGUCCUCCGCUUCCUCACCCGCAAAUCCUUCCCCCUAGCACCGCGCAACACGCGCAAUGCACCGCAGCCGCAGAUCCUGGACCUGGGAACGGGCAAUGGAAGUAUGUUAGCGCUGUUACGGAAACGGGGCGGGUUCAUGGGCAACAUGGUCGGCGUGGAUUACUCGAAGCAGAGCGUCGAGGUGGCGAGGGAGUUGCAGCGCUCUAGAGGGCAUUCUGCGUAUCAUACCGGGUCUGAGGAUGAAGAGGAGGAUAGUGAGGAGGAGAUAGGGGAAGAGUGGGUAAAGGGGGAGGAACAGCCUAUUCGGUUUGAGGAGUGGGAUAUUCUUGGGUCGACGGCUUUGCUUUCGCCUCGUGGGGAUGUUGUUGAGCCUGCGGGUGCGGAUGCACUGGACUGGUUCCCGUAUCAGCAGGGUGGAUUUGAUAUCGCGCUUGACAAGGGGACAUUCGAUGCGAUUUCGCUGGCGGAUGAUGCGAAGGAUACUCGUGUCUGUGAGCGGUAUCCUGAUAUUGCGCGCCGGUUGCUUCGACGGGGUGGGUUUUUGAUUGUGACGAGCUGCAAUUGGACGGAGGAUGAACUGGUAAAAUGGUUCACCGGUGCAGAGGGCAAGGAUAGAUUGGUUGUUUGGGGUCGUGUAGAGUAUCCGCGGUUCAGGUUUGGAGGACAGGAAGGGCAGGGUGUGUGUACCGUGUGUUUCCAGAGGGUCGUAGAUGCUUGA